UUACAAAACCUGGCAUUCAAAUAAUAGUUCACUCUUCUGCUAUACUUUUAGAAAAAGAAAAAGCUUAUAACCCAAGAAAAAAGAAAAAACACAACAGUAAAGAGCUAUCAUUCACUAGCAAAUAUUUUGAAAAGAAAAUUAAUAAUGAAGAUACUGAUAUAAUUCAAAAUUUGACCAAUUAUGAACAACAACAGGUCUCAGAUGAGGAACAGAACAUCUCUAAUGAAAAUAAUUCAAGAACAAAAGUGGAACCCUUAUUUGCUAACAAACUCAAAGACGUUAUUAAAGCAAAGAAUAAGGAAACAAAAUUUUUUAAUGACGCCACCUGGCAAAAUAAACGAGCACAAUUCUCUCAAACUAGUUUUAAGAACCUCAGAACAGGUCUAAUAGAGGAAGAAACUUCCAAUGCAAUACAUCAAACUUAUAGUCGCACAAUAUGCCUUGUUGGAAACAAAAUCAGAAUUUUCACCAGAACGAUUCCCAAUAACUAG